AUGUCUAAUAAGUUUAUCCAUUCAUUCAGCUUGUUUCCGAAGGCCCUUUUCCGGCUAAAUUACGGACGCGUUGUUCGACUUCGCGCACACCCAUGGCCCUUGAGACCUCCAUGCGCAUUUGACCUAUUUACCCACGCUGGCAAAGUUCAGCCCAGCGCCCUUGAGCCUGGAGCAUAUAUCUUCCCUAAUGGUGCAUCGCUACGUCCAAAUACAAAACGACAGCAAGAAGUUGUUCGAAGGGCCAGAGGUAGCGCGUUUCAUGUUUAUGCUAUUCCCGCAGGCACACAGCUUCCGGAUGAUCUAAUACUUGUCCACGAGUUUCGUGAUCAUUACUCACUACAAGCUAGAAAGGAGAUGACUGUGGAAGAGCUGGAUCUCAGUAUCACACAGUUCUUGGAGUCCCAAGCAGUAUGUUUCAAGAGAGAUGAGUGGCUGCGGAAGUAUCCUGUGGCUACCGAAACCUUCUAG